CUCCAUUCUCGUUGGCGCUGUGCUGUCUGCUGGACAAAAUAACGCAACAGUGAAAAACUGGUUGAUUUUGUGUCGAUUCACGAAUGUGCCAGAGUUUUACAUAGACCAGUGGUGCACACGAGGUGAACAGAGUGUAUAUAAAACGGCAUAUCAGCAGUGACUGCGCUGUCAUUCGCCGGCAGUGCUUACAACUGUGUGUGCAAACGAGUUGGUUCGCGCGAAACACCAGCAGAAGUAGCAGCAGCAACGGAAUAAAACGAAAACGUCAAGUAACAAAGAAAGAAAUACCUACAAAGAGUACUGAAAACGCCAACUAGGUGCGCCUACCUGCUGGCUGCAGUUAAUUGACUGCCAAGUGACUACAGUUGAGGAAUUAAAUCGCAAAGUGAAAAUUGUGUGGUGAAGGAGUUAGAAUUAAACUAGGUUAUAAACAAUGAGACUGACAUAAAUAAUAACAUAGAACAGUUUCUUCAUAACAAAAAUUAGAAAACAUACAAAAAUAGAGCUAAAAACUGUGCGUGCGAGAAAUAUAAGAAUAGUUACCAAAAAUAGUGUGAAAUUGCAACUAGUGCAUUUGACAAGCGUCAGCAGAAAAUUAUACAAAAACAAUACCAACAACACAGGCCAACAAGUGCAAAAAAGACAAAAAUGGAUGCAGACAACAAAAAACCAUUUAAGAUCAAGGAUGUCACGCGAAAUAUUAAGAAGGCCGUCGUCGCUGGCACGCUGGAGGAGUUGCGCUCCAAAGUGGGCGAAAAAUUCGAACAUGCCGAUGAUCAGCUACCGACCAUACAUUUGGAUUCCGAUGGCACUGAAAUUGAUGAUGAGGAGUAUUUUCGUACGUUAGAUGAGAAUACGGAGUUGAUUGCGGUAUUUCCAGGCGAACAUUGGAUUGAUCCCACCAACUAUGUUACCAUAACCAGUCAUAAUCGUGGCAGCAAUAGCGGAAUUGUUGGUGUUGGUGGUGGCGGUGGUGUUGGCGUUGGCGUCGGCGGCGGUGGCAUGGAGCCACCCGGUGAUACCACCGAUGCCGCAGCUGAGACCGCUCGUAUAAAACAGCUAGUGGGACAACUGCAAAAUAACCUGUGUAAUGUAUCGGUGUUGAGUGAUCCGGAUUUGGAUUCUUUAUCGAAUAUGGAUCCCAAUUCAUUGGUGGAUAUAACGGGCAAGGACUUCAUGGAGCAAUUGAAGGAUUCAGGCAGACCAUUGUGUGCAAAGCGAAACGCUGAGGACCGAAUUAACUUGUUAAAGCUGUUGCGCGAGGGUGCCAUCUUUUGUUCGGAACGUUAUCCGGAGGAUGCUGAGGCUAUCGAUAUGGAGAUCAGUCGGCAAUUGAAUAUGGAUGUAGCGCAAACAACAACAACAGUAACAACAAACACGAACACAACAACAACUAUAACAGCGAACACAACCACGGUAAAUAUCGGUGGACUAAUGGCCCAUCAACAGCAGCAGCAACAACAACAACAGACUAAUACAAUAAACAAGACAAUCGAACAAGUGCAAAAUGUAGCAGCAGCGGCAGUAGCAGCAGCUAAACGCAGAGCAGCAAUGGAGGCACAAAUGACCUCAGUCGAUGUGGUGACCAUUGUGGAGACGCAUGUAGCGGCGACGGCGGCGGCGGCGGCAGUGGCAACAACAAAUACAAAAAACAAUAAUCAGCAAAAGACGACGACAGCUGGCGGUAACAACAAUAAUAAAACAAACGAUAUAUGACUACCGAUUUUUAGUAGUAUAACUUGAAAUUUAGAGAUCGCAUGCAAGGAGAAAGGUUAAGCGACGCGUGAAAGGCGAAUUGUAUGUAAAGGGCGCGGCAGCAGCAAAUGCUGGGGGCCUGACAAAUUAUAUUGUAAUCAAGCGGUAAAUCAAUGAACUAUAAUGUAUGCAAUUGAAAUUUAACUUAUGGUUUGUGUGUAUACUUAUGUUGAUCAAAAAAAAAAAAACAAUAAAAAAAGGAAAUAAUGAAUUUUUGGGCAAUAGCAUGCACACCGGGCUUUAGCGAGAAGUGUGGGCAGAUAGGCGACCGAAAAGGCAGAAAUAAAAAAUGCUGAAUAGCAUUAAAAUUUUUCAAAUAAGUAACUAGAGAAGACUACGAAAAAAAAAACAGUAGCACAGCACUCAUAGCGCCAGUCGAUUUAUUGUUUUAAUGAAUAAAAAAAAAA